CCCAACGUUAAACAUUAAAUCAUUAACAGAUCAAGAAGUGAAAAGUAUAGUAAAAGUCUUUGAGGAAUGGCUGCUAGACACACUCCAAAGAAAACAGUGUCAUUCUCUGACAAUGCACCUCCUACAAAAGAGAGCAAUGGUGAAUUAGAUGAUGGAAUUUCAAUCCCAUUUUCUUUGAAAACAAUACCAUUCCAUUAUUUAUUGAUUGUUUUUUCCAUUUUAAAACAAGAUAUCACUAGAUCCAAUGUUAUGAACAAUUUAACCAAUAACCUUUAUGCAUUGAUUGCCACUCAAUUGGUUUAUACUUUUCUAUUUGUGACCAAUAUAGUGGAAUUAACUAAAAAGAAAAACAAUAAAAAGAUAAAAUUAAGUGUUGGUAAAGAUUAUAAUAUCUUGUUGAUUUCAAUUUUGAUUGCAUUUGUUUUAAUUUUACCAAUUUAUAUAUUGGUUGUAUUAUUUGGUGCACCUUUUACAACUUUUUUAAAAGAAAAUUUGAUAUUAUCUUCACAUAUUGCAUUUUUAGCUUAUCCAAUCAUUGUUUCAUUUUUAAAAAUUGGUGAAAAGGGCGUUUUCCAUAAAUAUUUAGCAUUUAUUGCAGUUGGGGCAUGGUUUGGUGCUAUUGUUAUUCCUUUAGAUUGGGAUAGAGAUUGGCAAAACUGGCCAUUACCUAUUGUUAUUAGUAGUUAUAUUGGUUCAUUUAUUGGUUACUCAAUUGCAGGAAUAUUAUAA